AUGUCAGUUUUCCCGAAGAUUCUUCUUAAAAGAGAAGUACAUGAUCAUCUGCACAAUGUUUAUCACAAUAAGGAGCUUGUUGCUAAUUUGGGCAUGGUUGAAGUGGAAAGAAAAUUUGAGCGUCUGCAGAGUUGUCUGUCGCACCCGCCAUCUUUUACCACCAUUAGGGUGAACACCUUGGUGACGUCUGUGGAAGAUGCCAAGCAACGUCUGGCUGAAGAAAUAAAAAAGCAAUUUCCAGAUGAUGUUAUCCCAAUUCAUCAGCAUCCCAACCUCAAGGACCUCCUAUUGAUUCCAGUUAUUGGACCAAGGAGGAUACAGAAGCAGCAUUCAGUACAAGUCAUCGUUGGAGCCCAGUGUGGAAAUGCUGUCCUCCGAGGAGCCCAUGUGUACUCUGCUGGGAUUCUGUCUGCUUCCAAAUGGAUGAAGGCUGGUGAUGAGGUGUCCGUGUUCUCUGACAUCAGAGGGAAAUGUAGAAGGGGGGCGGUGGAAUUCGAUGGAGCCAAAGUUUUUAUUGGCAAUGGAAAAGCGGAACUGAGCCGCUCAGACAUCUUCUGUACAAACAGCCCUGUAAAGGGGAAAGGCAUCAGAAUGACAGAAGCGGUAUACUCCAGUCCAUCCUUUGACAAUAUGCUGCCAGGAUAUAUAUACUUGCAGAAUUUACCGUCUGCUGUUGUCAGCCAUGUUUUGAGCCCUCAGCCCGGGGAACGGGUGUUAGAUAUGUGUGCGGCUCCUGGAGGAAAGACCACUCAUAUCGCUUCUCUUAUGAAUGACGAGGGAGAAGUCAUAGCUAUGGACAAAACUGCCAGCAAAGUGGAGAAAAUAAAGCAUAAUGCUUCCCUGCUGCAACUCAAAUGUAUCCAGGCCUACUGCUUCAACAGCACCAAGGCCGUGCUAUGUGAGCCCAAGGGGAUGGAACAAGGUCCCGGACCUCCGUUCUGUCCAGAGUCAUUUGACCGCAUUCUCUUGGAUGCUCCUUGUAGCGGAAUGGGCCAGAGGCCUAAUAUGGCUUGUCUGCUAUCCCUAAAAGAACUGAUUUCUUACCAAGCCCUGCAGCGCAGACUUUUCAGCACGGCUGUUGAGUUGUUGAGGCCUGGAGGCACAUUGGUGUACAGCACAUGUACCAUAACUUUAGCUGAAAAUGAAGAACAGGUCGCCUGGGCUCUGAAAACCUUCUCCUGCCUCCAGCUUCAAGUGCAGGAGCCCCACAUAGGAGGAGAAGGCAUGCCCGGUGCUGGGUUGUCCCUGGACCACUUGAAACUUCUACAGCGGUUUGACCCGUCGGCCACUGAAAUGCAUGACGUUGAUGCAAACAAGUUAAAGUCGGAUGACGACCUUGUUUCCCUCGCGGACUCUGACACCAUUGGCUUCUUCAUAGCCAAAUUUCUCAAAAAGUCCUGA